AUGUCAAAAUGGCACCCGGAGGCAGAAGAAAGAGAAAGUGGUUUGGUCGUCGUCAACGUCAGAAGGGCACGCCCAGGUGCAUCGUCCCCUGCGACAGCAGGGGCAGGCCGAGGCAGGAGCUUAUCCCGAUCGACAGCAUGGCGGAGUCAUCUGAAUAGAACCCUGGCUCAUCGCAGGGACGUGAAUAAAGCAGGGGCGUGGACCGUCAGGCAUGGGCGUGGUACGUCCUCGGUAUCAGGAAGGCAGACUGAGGAAGCAGGAUGGCCGGCCGAGGGAGGACGGCGGGCCGUCCCCGAAGUCAAAAGGGCAGGCCUAAGGAAGCAUGGGCGUUGUCUGACAUCUUCAAAAGGGCAGGCUGAGGCAGCAGGGCGGUCCAUUCCGGACGUCAGAAGGGCAGGCCGUGCGUGGUCUGUCGUCGUCUUCAGAAGGCCAGGCCGAGGCAGGAGGGCUGUCCGUCCCCGGCGUCAGAAGGGCAGGCCGAGGGGGCACGGGCGUUGUCUGUCGCCUUCAGAAGGGCAGGCCGAGGCAGGAGGAAGGGCAGGCCGUGCGUGGUCUGUCGCCUUCAGAAGGGCAGGCCGAGGCAGGAGGGCGGUCCGUCCCCGGCGAGGGCGGUUCGUCCCCGGCGUGGUCUGCCGUCGCCUUCAGAAGGGCAGGCCGAGACAGGAGGGCAGUCCGUCCCCGGCUCAUGGGCAAGGGCAGGCCGAGGCAGGAGGGUGGGCCGCGACCGGCGCCGACGCCGAGCGCCGCGCGCAGGCGGAGGAGGCGGCGCCGGCGGCGGCCAGCGCCACGCAGCAGCUCGCGUGCAGGCGCGAGGGCGGGCCCUGCGGCCGCGCGCCCUCGCCUCCUUCCACCAGCAGGAGGCGGCGGUCCAGCCACUGCAGCGCGCCGCGCACGCCUGCCACCCACAAGGAAAAAAAUACCAAUCAGAAAAACUCUCUCUAG